UCCAUGAGAAGAGGUAUCCAGUCAGGAUCCAACUUGUUUCUCGGAUACUCCACAUCUUGUACGGCGGAAUGAAAAUAAAGGUCGAAACUCAUAAGUAGGAGCUGGCUGCGCACGUGACCAAGCUGAAAUGCAUGACUGGCACGUGCCAAGACUCUCAGUCUCUGCCGUUGUAAGUACCUGUGCCACUUGUGCGAGGCAGCGCAUGUGUUGUUUCAGCGAUCCAGUGCAACCACCCUACUUCUUUGCAUAGCUCACUCGGAAAGCAUUUUGAUACUCUCGGGUGGUACCCUGUCCCGACGCCAUCUUUCAUCAUACAAAUCAUGCCAAUCACGAUCUGUCUCCAUGUCCCCUUGAACAAACAUGCAGGAGACUCCUCCGACGGACAAUGCGACGUUUGAGGUGAUGAUUGCAGAGGCUAUCAAAGCCUAUGAACGCCAGACCGACACGUCGUUAUCCCAACUGCCGUACGCAAACGAGCUGCAAUCCUGCAGGACCGUCGAAGAUCUCAUGGCUGUGCUGGGAAAGCACAAGGACUCCUUUGGGCAGUUCCGAGCGCAGGAGGAGAGGGUCAGAGCCGUCCUCAAGCCUAUCACGUCCCUGACGCAGACGUUGCUCGACCCCGCCGGCGAGGUCGCCAACGCGUUCCUUCCGGGAGGGAAAUCCGUAUUCAUUGUUUUCGCGGUGUUUCUCCAGGCUGCGCGGCGGGUCAGCGGGGCGUACGACUCGCUGGAACUCAUCCUGACCAGGAUCCGAGACUGCUUAGUCCGAUUGGACACGUACCUGCAGCCAGGCUUUCUGCUGGGCCCGGCGCUGCGCGACGUGUUCGUGCGCAUUCUCAUCCAGCUCGUGACUGUGUUUGGGCGUCUUACGUCGCACCUGAACGUCAUGCUGGGGAAGCGACAGCGCUUGCUCUCUGCGCUCAGGCGGACAAAGGACUGGGCGAAGCAGCUGCUUCAGGCGGACGAUGUCAAUGAUGCAUUGGGCCAACUGGAUGAGCUGACGAAACAAGAGGGUCUUGCUUCGUUGGCGGAGAUCAGAGUGGCAACAGAGGGCGCCAAGGUGGCUUCCGGGAAAGCCCAACUUGCCUCUGAGAAUGCGCAAGUGGUGUCUGAGGACGUUCGGGAGAUGAUAGUGGGACAGCAGGUCACCUCUUGGCUAGCCCCCUACGACAACGGCCCUCGCUACCACACACUUCUCAAAUCUAGGCAAUCUGGGACGUGUGAAUGGUUCGUCGGCGGGACCUACCAGCAAUGGCUAGAUUCCAGCAAUGGCUUGUAUUGGCUUCAUGGUAAUCCUGGGGCAGGCAAAAGUGUCUUGCUAUCAUUCCUCGUCGAGCAUCUGAUAACGCAGAAGGAAUGCGUCGCCUAUCACCUCUUUGACUUCCGCGCUCCCGACACAUAUUCUGUACUCAAAAUGCUUUCAUCGUUGGUCUAUCAACUCGGCACUACAUCUGAGACUUGCCACGGUCAACUAGAGAAGGUCUACCAACUCCGCCGCUCGAGCCUUUCCGCAGACCAGGAUUCCCUCCAUGCAUGCCUACUGGAGAUGAUCAGGACCUCACCCCGACGAGUGAUCAUAGCCCUGGAUGCACUUGACGAGUUUCCAAAUCCUGGGCGCAAGGACGCGCUGCUUCCCUUCUUACGGCAGCUGAAGGCGGAUGCGAUGGACAAUCUGAGGCUGGUGGUCACGUCACGUCGGGAGGCUGAUAUACACCAUGCUGUUUCGCCGCUGUCGACGCAUUCGCUGGAUCUGCAUGACGUUCCUGAGAGCCGUGCCGACGACAUCUCGAGCUAUAUCGCAGCGCAGCUGGCAUUGCACUGUGGGCAUUGGUCCGCCGAUACUUGUGUCAGAGUCAAGCAGACUCUGCAAGAAAGAGCUGAUGGAAUGUUUCUUUGGGUGUUGCUCCAAGUACAGCAUCUUCGGGAAUGCGAAGAGAGCGACAUCGAGGAAGAGUUAGCCAAUCUGCCGCAUGAUCUGAAGGACACCUACGAUCGGAUCCUCCUACGUCUCAAGAACGAGGGCUCUUUCCACCGUACUCGCCGCCUUUUGGAAUGCAUAGCAGCUGGCAAAUAUUCAUUCACGACGGAGCAAUUGGAUGAGAUUCUUGCUAUCGACUUUGAGUGGUUUCGCACCGCUGAACUACCCAUCAUCUCUCAACCCAGACGGGACCCAGAACAACUGAUCCGGCGGCGCGGGUCAUCGCUAGUCAAUAUCGUCCAAAAUACACGGAACGGGCUCAUCGAAGUCCAGUUCGUCCAUUUCACUGUGAGAGAUCACCUGCUCAAUGGCAGCGACGUGCUGCGGCUGAACAUGUGCUCCGCUCAUGCAACACUCUUCGCGGCGUGUGUUGCGGCCUUGCUGACCAGAUGCUCGCUUUCGUCCUAUGCCGUGGCGGAUUGGACGCAUCAUUCCUCCCUCGUUGGGCCCAGGGAGCCCGAAAUCAAGCCUCUCCUAGACCACAUCCUCGGUUCAGCGCUUCCGCUAUUUUUGAAACGGAUCGACUGCGGUCCCAUGGCAGAAAUGCUGACGCUCAAGAGAGGCCCUGAGCCACCGAAGACGUUUCCUGCGGACCUCAUCGCGUCCUUUGACAGCCCGCUUCAUUGGGCAACGAUGCUCGGUUUCUCGCAGCAAGCCACAGGGCUGCUCGAUCAAGCCAAACAACCCCAUCCCGAAGAGCGCGACCGAUACAUGCAAGCGAUCAUGCGCGCGGUCGAGUCCUCGCUUCGAGAUCAGAACCCCGCGGCUCGUUACCGACAGUUGCCUUAUGUUCAUUAUCAUCUGCAGGGGAUUCCUGGCGUAUGGUACACACUGUCGUAUCUAGAAUCUGCAUGCAAGGAGCUGCAGCUCGCGGCAGAUUCCAGCGCAAGUGCAGAUAGUACGGCCGUGGCUUGUGCUUGAAGAAAGACUCUAUCCGUUUGAUAUCGAUAUUGAUGAGGGCGAGAAUAGCCGUGAUCCAUCCCAUCCUCGUCCAGAGAUGUGCCCGUCACAUCUUAGCUUUCACCGUCGGGAACUGCUUGGUAUGGGAAGCUUGGAAUCAUAGAAGCACGUGGUCCACAUUCACAAGCAACGUCAGAGCAGAUCGAGUCCUCUGUUGUCUGCACAGGACUCCACAUGACUUCAGUGCUACAUAGUACUUGACGGUCGCACCCAAUUACGAUUCUUUUGCAGGUACUUUUGCUCAAUUGCACCACUGGGGGUGAACGGAAAAAUCUUUAACGAG